GUGGAGCAUCUUUGUGAUUGGACUUCCCACCGCACAGCCACUAUGCCGGACAUUCAACAUGUUGUGGUCAUCGCCAUCCGAUCGGAUGUGCCCGACGCCCAGCGCGAGACUGCGCUCAAGGCUCUCCGCGCGCUCCGCACGCAGCUCCCCCACGUCAUCAAGAGCCUUCGUGUCGAGCCCAUCGCCAGCAACCUCUAUCCGGGAUUUGACGAUCGCUCGGGCCACUACACCCACAUGCUCGUGUCAACUUUUGCCAAUGCACAGGAUUUGAGCACCUAUAACUCGAGUCCCGAGCACUUGAAUGCUUUGGCUUUGGUUCGCCCAAUCCUGGCCAAGGAAGAUCCCAUUGUGGCUGCGGACAUUGUGGCCAGCCACAACUUUGACAAGCCCUGGUGGCCAACUCUUGCCGGCGUUUUUGGCGGUAUCGUGGUUGGCUCCAUCAUCACGGCUGCUCUGAUCAAGACUGCCUAAGCCUCACAAAUUUGGCAGAAACCGACGUUUCUUUUUCACUUCUCGUCCCUUUAUACCAUCAUGUUGUUGUUGUCCACUUUUCCCGCCUCGUCCGGCAUCUCUGUUUUAUCAACUGCUCAAUUGCACAGCAGCUGGUGC